CGACGAAAGUUGCCAGUCGGGUAACGGGCGUUUGUGCGUUAGUAUGUAUCACUAGGCAAGCUUGGACGCCUGAGACGGUGUGAAGAAGUAUGCUCUCAGUGUCCGUACGGCAAAUGCUUCAAACAAAUAGCGCCUCAACAUUCCCUACGCUUGGAGUGAUUAAAAUACCGCUGACGUCCGGAUUUCGCUCUUCAGUGGAGCUGAUUCGAUGGGAGAGUGUUGACCAUUCACUAUUGGGAUUCGACUUCAUGUUAGUCGUUAGCUACAUGCUAGAGGAUAAUGAAGUCAAUGAAAGGUAUUCACUUAUGCGUAUCAACAAGUCCAAUAGAAGUUUCAUGGGCAGAUUCUCGACGAGUCGUUCAUUCGUUUUGGUUUUCUUGUGAACUAUAUGUAGUCGACCGUGGCGGAUAUGGCCCACGAUCAAGGGGAAGCUUGUGUGUACGUGAAGCAGUCGGUUCUUCGCGAGCUCGAGCAAGAGCGCCGCCGUCUCAAAUGGCAGCUUUCCCGUGCCCUACAGACAUCCGACACUCAUGCGGCUGAACUCGAAGCGAGUAAAGCCAAAGUGAAGGAUCUGCUGACGAUCGUGGAGCUGAACAAGGGCGUUGCAGACCAAGCAGUACAGCGAUCUCAUGGCCAAGACGUCAAGAGGAGAGCAGAACUCGAAACGUUGCACCAACAGCACCGACAGCAGCGUCAACGAUACGUGGACUUGGCUGUGCGUUCGAUGAUCCGGAGGGUGCGCUACAGACAGCAACGUGACGCCUUGCAUUCACUCCAACAAGUGGCACAGCUACGAACUCAACGUCGAGAAGCACUGCGCAGGCUACUGGAACGUAUUCGAUGGAGAAUUUUACGGCAGAGGCUGCAACAGUGGAAGCACUUGGAUGGAAACUGUACCGUGGCGAGUGCUAAAGUGUAUCCGCUACACUUGAGUCAACCAGCGAAUGGUGUUCCUUAUGUCAAGGUCGAUGGCGACUCUGCGCGUUGGCAGCUACUGCGAAAGAUGUGGAGGAAGUGGGAACGCGUCAUCCGGUGGGAACGAAGGCUGCGAGAACUCGUAGCACUCGCUUCAGCACGUUUGGUGCGCUUGGUGUUCGAAGCGUGGAGAUCACGGGUGCGGAUGUUACGGCAACGACGAGUAUUGUUGCGCCGACUGCUUGUGAGGAACAAUCAGAGACUUCAGCAGCUCGGACUGACACGUUUCCGACUGCGAUGCGCCGAGGUCUCAGCUCACGAAUGGACCGAAGUGCUCAAAACAGCGUACACUGUUAUGGAGGAGGAGCGGAAGCUUCGAGCUGACGUCCAAUCUUCUGCUGUGGGUGAGCUGCAUACCGCCUACGUACGAGAGCAGCAGAGACAGCAGAGAUUCACGGAACUGCAGACACAGCGACUAGAAGUCUUGGCUCGACGCGAGUGUACAUACCGAGCACUGAUGAUACUGCGGUGUAAUGCUAUCCAGUCGCGACAGAAGACUGCCAUCGCUCUUCGGUUCCAAAGACUUCAGCAUCGUCAGCGAGUGGUUCGAAGGCACUUGACGUUGUGGAAGCACAAAGUAAGUCGCAUAAAGCGCAUCAGGAUGCUGAUAGCAACGUGGGACGCUCAUCGAACUCACUCCAGCAAGGCAACUUGCUUUAAAGUACUUGCUUGGACUCUUCACCGCAGACGACAGCGCAGACUUCGCCUUCGUGGAUUGAUAUCGAAGCUGCAAAGAGUUUGGUUGAUGAGAGGUUGGCUCGGUCUACGGGUUUGUGCAGCCGUUCAGGAGUACAAGGCCAUAGCUCACGUGGAAAUGUGGCAGCUCUCUCAGCAGAUGGAGGCAACGCAGGCUUGUUAUCGUGAAGAUAUUCGACGAAGGAGGAGAACUGCAUUGAAAUACCAAGUCACGUGUGCUCUCAUCAUGGCCGACAAGAAGCAGGAGCAGCUGCUUCGACGAGUGCUUCGUAGCUGGUCAACACAUACAGCAACAAACGCUCGUCAUCGACACGCAUUGAAGAGAUUGCUGGGUCGUAAGCGAGUUAAAACGCUUCACUCUUCCCUUCACAAGUGGGUCCACCUCAACCAACACAAGGCCGAACGAUCCAACCAGCUGCACCAACAUCAGCGGAUGCGACGCCAAAGACUAGUUGUACACGUAUUCGACAAGUGGAGGCGCUACACGUAUCACAGCCUUCGAUCGAGACUGGCAAGGUAUCAACAGCGCUCUUGCAUCCGUGUUUGGCGUCACUGGCUCUACCUUCGACAACAGCGAGCACAAAGUUUCGAGCGAUUUCAUCGGCGAACGAUGGCGAGAUGUCAACGGCGAGCCUUUCAGUCCUGGAAGCUCAAGAGUGACCACUACGUGAAGGUGUGUGCCAACAUAAGUGCCGCCGAACAUGAGCUGGUGUCGCGCCUGUGGCGUCGGUGGAUUGGCUUCGUCGCAUCACGUCUACACAAGCAACGACGCCAACAGCAGAAAGCGCUUGCAGGGCUUCGAAAGUCUCUGCAGCAAAAAGUUCUGUCCACAGUUUUCCUCUCGUGGCGAACAAAUUGGAGAUGCACUCAAUCACGAGACAAGGUGAUUGUUCGUACAUUCCGAUGGAAUGCCAGUCUCAUUCGUGUAACAAGAUACUUCCACGCUUGGCGUCAGUAUUCAGAGUUGACAGCUCGAAGACGCGCCGCGUUGACGAGAAUAUGUCGACGCCACCGCAUCAGGAGACUUGAAACCAAGUGGAACCACUGGAUACGAACGUCCAAGGCUGCGACGAUCACAAGACUUGAAGCAGCAACUAUCAGAGCUCAGGAACAGGCCGACAAAAUAGCCCAGGCAACAGGUAGAGCCAACGUUCUGCGUCGUAUCAUUCGAAACUGGAGGCUGGUUAGUAUUGAAGCCAAGCGACAGCGACGUCGUCGAGCUCUAUUCGCGGAGAAACGACGAUACAUGGCACUCCAAGGCUCCAUGAGGCUAUGGCAAAAACAUAUCACGUGCUGCUCGCUGACCAAACAGCGUCGAAUGCUUCGGCACCUGCUGAAUCGUCUUCACCUAUCACUUGAGCGUGGAGCAUUCAGGCUUUGGGAACGUCACGCUCAUGCCAAGACCCUCUUUGCACGCGAUCGGGUGAGUGCUGAGCUGUUCCGUCGCUCUGAAGUUCGUGUGAUGGUACUCGUUGAAGAAAUACGAGCUGAGCGAGAGCGACGAAUCAUCUUUACAGCGUGGAGGUCGAUGAUUUCCCGAAAGAAAGACGGCUGCGAGUGCUUACAGAGCAUCUUAAUGAAGCACCAGCAUCGGUUGCUGCUGAGUUCAUGGAGCGUGUGGACACAUGACGUUCGAACGCAGCGUUGCGUGGCACGUUUAAAUGCAAUAAUCAUACAGCAACUUAAAGCAGCGGCGUGGUGUAGACUGAUGCAGAUGUAUCAUUACCAUGGUCUGAAAGCGACUGGAGCUCGACUGGCUGGAGUUACCUGGCGCAAAAUCCUGAUGCGUCACGCUUGGAAUCACUGGAAACGAGUAGAUAGUUUCUUGUUCAGACACGCGGCACUGGCACAAGAAAAAACAUCGUCAAUUCAAUCGAUGCUGACGUAUAAAGAGACGAUUGCGAGGCGGUAUCACCAGAAGCGAGUUCUGUCGAAACUUGUCUCGACCUGGAAGCAGAAUACUACACGCUCUAACCGCCUUCGACGCCAAAUCUGCGACGUUUUAAGGACACAAGUACAAGCGUCUACGGUGUAUCAUUUCCACAAGUGGCGAACGAUAGUUGAGCGACAGAAUCAUCUCCAACAUUUCUUGCGUCGAGUCGUGAAGCGCCAAAAAAAUCAAGCAAUACGCUCAGCUCUGGGUCGUUGGAGACGCUGGACACUGGAUAUGGCACAUCGACAGCAACUGGAACAAACAAAGCAAGCGUUGACACGUCAGAAAGAAGUCAGCGCUAAGCGCAUCGCAGUCGUAAAGUUCUUAUCGUGGCAACGACCGUGUCUGGAGGUUCACUUUGUGCGCUGGAAAGUGCACGUGGAGCAGCGUCGAAGAUACGUCGUCGAACAGAGAGCAGCUUUAUCCCACCAGCAUACACGUCGUCUCCUUCGAAGUAGUUGGCGCUCGUGGCAUCAUUUGAUCUCCCAGUCGAAACGGAGAGCUCAAAUACUUUCAAAGAUCUUGAACAACACACGACUUACGUUUCUCGUACAUGGAUUCUAUCGCUGGGAUAUAUACUGUGACUGGAUGCACGAUGUGAACUGCAGAAUGAUCCGACUAGCGAGAAUCUACGAGUUGUGGCGGUGGCGAACAGGGUUCUCAGCCCUGCGUCAGCACCAACACGCAGCCAUUCGACGCCAGUCCGUCAUGGCAGCAUCCGCGUUCUCAGCCCACAGUUCUCGACAGCGAGAGCGCCAGACCCAAAUGAUGCGCUUUAUAUCACUGGUCUUGCAGCGCAAGACCAAUGUCACUCUAUACGAUCGCUGCUUCUGCCACUGGAUAAUAUACGUGAAGAUGAAGACUGUAACGAAGGCUUCAGUUAAGCUGGCCCGUGUACGAGCCCAGAAGCGGAUGGUACGUCGAUGCUUCGUCGAGUGGCAGCUCAGCACCCGACAAAGUUUUAGCUUACGACAGAAACUCCAGAGACGACAGGAAAUCUGGCAAUCCCGGCGCCUAAAGAGAGUCUGGAACGCGUGGCUCUACUUCACGCAGCACUCUUUAUACGUGAAACACUCGAUCUACGACAGGUUGGUCAUCUGCGCACUUCGCCACUCGCUUCAAGGCGCCUGGAGGCGUUGGAAGGCGUAUACGCGGCACGAAAAAAUGGCUCAAUGGGAACACGCGACAGCGGAGCGGGACAGGAUGAUCGACACUCUGGAAGAUAAACAUGAGCGCUUAUUGCUGAGAGCUGCACAGCUCGGACAGCAGAACCACGCGCUUCGUCAACGAUUAGUGAGCUCAGCAGCCAGGAGAAUCGACCGCGUACUGGAACUUGUACUCAAAUCUCGCGUCGCAACUGCGUUCGACGUCUGGAAACAGCAAGUCUGGGUGUUGCAGUCGCGUCUAGACGCUCUGGGUUUGCUGUACCAGCGACUAGCACUGCAGCGUUUGCAUUCCACAAUUUCACAUCUACGACACACGGACGCAGUAGAGCGAGUACAAUUAGACACGACGGAGUGGGCUGCUGGUGUUGCUCAAGCCUGUGCCUUACAAUGGCUCAAACGCCGAGUUUUCCUGUCUUGGAGAGCGGUGCGUCGCGCUCGCCGAGGAGUCAAUCGACACGUCGCAAUGGCGCAGCGUAGACGUGAACUCAAGCUGGUACGGAGUUGCUGGGCGGGUUGGACAGCGAUGAUGGACGUCCGAACGCGGCAGUAUGAAGCAGCUACGGCUCUGAUGGCGAGGAGGGGACUCGUAACGGCUCUGCAAGCGUACUGGCAAUGGAAAAAGGUUCAUGAACGUUCUGGAAUGGCCAAACUCCAUGCAAUUCGCACCUUUGUGCUGCUACGGCGCAUGUGGCAGCGACGACUCAUGAUAAACGCGUGGAGUCGAUGGAGGAACUUCACGGUCGAAGAGGAUGCAGCCAUACUGCACACAAGACUGGUGCUGGUCGAGCUUGAGCUCGAGAAAGCUACAGACCAUCAUACGCGCUCACAGCUCUUGUUACGUACCUUCAGCCACUGGAAACUGAACACACGUAUUCAACGCGAGCGUCGAGACGGACACACUCAAACGCUCGUUGUUCGAACUCGCCAGCGAGUACUUGGCCGCCAUUUCAGGCGCUGGAGACGCAGAACUGCUUGGACCCAGACCCGAUUGCUGCUUCUGCGUCGAAUGGAACGUCAUCUCCGCCGUCACUACAGAACACUCACAAAGUACUCACUCUGGGUGUGGUUCGCUCGCGUACAGACACCGACACACAAGACAACUCAGUUGCAUGUGGCCUCGAAACAGUUCACACCGACAACAGACGUCACAGCUCGAAUCGCACGCGCAGUGCUGACUGAUUUACUUGUGGCAGAGCUGGAGCUGCAGCGUUCGAAGCUGCGCAGUGCCUGGCGACUGGUAAACGCCACGGUGCGCAACGCACGUCGACGGAUGCUCCGUACCGCGUUCAAUCGACUUGUAAACGUCCGAUCCAGUCGCCACUUAAUACACGCCCCCAACGCUCGCGCUUUCGUCGACAGACUAACGAUCAUGUUACUGCGCUGGGGCUUCCAACACUGGAAACAGCAGUACUUGGCGUUGGCUAUACAGGAGGCCGAGGCAGCUCAGCACGAGCUUCUGCGAGCACUGCACGACGUGACUUCGUACCGACAGACGCUGGAUCCGUACACCUUUCAAAGGGUGAAAACAAGUGAGGAAUAG